GCUCAAUUUAUAAUUGUAGCUUCAAGAGAAGUGAAGGAACCAAGCACAAAACUUGCAGGAAACGAAAAGCCUAGGGUUUCCAAUCGAGUUUCUUCCCAAUCCGCGACUCAAUCUAGGGUUUACGUCCACUCACUCCUCGGAAAUCUCUCUCCAGUUCUAGUCCCCGGUGAUUGUUAUGGCGCCCGAUCCAAACAGCGCCAGUGGCAGCGGAACCACUCGGGACGAAGCGUCCGUCAAAGUCCCCGCCAAGGACCCGAAGAAGAAGGAUGAGAAGAAAGACGAGGAUCUGUCGGAGGAGGAUUUGGCGCUGAAGCAGCAACUGGAGUUGUACGUCGAGAGGGUUCAGGAUACCGAUCCUGGGCUGCAGAAGGUCGCCCUCGAGAGUAUGAGGCAGGAGAUACGGACCUCAACCAGCUCUAUGACUUCAGUUCCAAAGCCGUUAAAGUUUUUGCGUCCUCAUUAUGCAACUCUGAAAGCAUAUUAUGAUACAAUGGCAGAUUCGGAUCUGAAGAAAUUCCUAGCAGAUAUACUUUCGGUAUUGGCCAUGACCAUGUCUGCAGAAGGGGAACGGGAGAGCUUAAAAUACAGAUUGUUGGGUUCUGACGGUGAAAUAGGUUCAUGGGGCCAUGAAUAUGUCAGGAACUUAGCAGGAGAAAUAGCACAAGAGUAUACAAAGCGACAGGGUGAAGAGGCUUCUGUUGAUGAUCUUAUUGAGCUUGUCCAACAAAUUGUUGCUUUUCACAUGAAGCACAAUGCUGAAUAUGAGGCUGUCGAUCUUUUAAUGGAGGUUGAAGACCUUGAUAUGUUAGGGGAUCAUGUGGACCGAACAAACUACAAAAGGACAGGCCUGUAUCUCACCAGUUCGGCAAGAUACCUACCUGGACCGGAUGAUAUGCUAGUUCUUGAUAUUGCAUACACGAUUUAUCUGAAAUUUGAAGAGUACCCUAGUGCACUUCAGAUUGCUCUAUUCCUGGACAAUAUGCAGUAUGUGAAGAAGGUUUUUACAUCUUGCGAUGAUCUGCUAAGAAAGAAGCAAUUUUGCUACAUCCUUGCUCGACAUGGUAUAACUUUUGAGCUUGAUGAAGAGAUGGCUGCAGAUGACGAUGACCGAGAGACAUUGCAAGAAAUUAUCAAUAAUACUAAGUUAAGUGAAGGUUAUCUUACGCUUGCUCGUGACAUAGAGGUCAUGGAGCCUAAAUCCCCUGAGGAUAUUUAUAAGGCACAUUUGCUCGACGGUCGGGCUAGUGCUGGUGCAAGCGUUGAUUCAGCGAGGCAGAACUUGGCAGCUACAUUCGUUAAUGCAUUUGUGAAUGCUGGUUUUGGGCAGGAUAAGCUAAUGACUGUCCCAUCAGAGGCUUCAAGCGGUGGUUCUUCAGGAAACUGGCUCUUUAAGAAUAAAGAACAUGGAAAAGCCAGUGCUGCAGCAAGUUUGGGUAUGAUCCUGCUUUGGGAUGUUGAUUCUGGACUUGCCCAACUUGACAAGUAUUUCCACAGUAAUGACAACCAUGUCAUUGCGGGUGCAUUGUUAGGAGUUGGUAUUGUGAACUGUGGUAUCAAGAAUGACUGCGAUCCAGCAUUGGCGCUUCUUGGUGAGUAUAUAGAUAAAGAAGACUCUUCUGUCAGAAUUGGUGCUAUAAUGGGUCUGGGCCUUGCAUAUGCUGGUGCCCAAAAUGAGCAGAUCUGUAGUAAAUUGAUUCCCAUCCUUGGAGAUAGCAAAGCAUCUCUUGAUGUGAUUGCAUUUACUGCCAUAUCAUUGGGCUUGGUGUAUGUUGGUUCCUGUAAUGGAGACAUUGCCGAGGCAAUUAUAUGUGCAUUAAUGGAGCGCGAGUCAGAAUUAGGGGAGCCACUCACUCGACUUUUGCCUCUUGGACUUGGCCUUCUGUACCUUGGGAAGCAGGAAAGUGUGGAGGCAACGGCAGAGGUUUCAAAGACACUUAAUGUGCAAAUUAGGAAGUACUGUGACAUGACUCUACUUUCCUGUGCUUAUGCUGGUACAGGGAAUGUGCUCAAGGUCCAACACCUUCUGGGUCAGUGCGCCCAACAUCUUGAGAAGGGAGAAAGCCACCAGGGACCAGCUGUACUUGGGAUUGCUAUGGUAGCAAUGGCUGAAGAAUUGGGUAUUGAAAUGGCUAUUCGCUCGUUAGAGCAUCUUUUGCAGUAUGGGGAGCAGAAUAUCAGAAGGGCAGUUCCUUUGGCUCUUGGUCUCCUCUGUAUAUCGAACCCUAAGGUCAAUGUGAUGGACACAUUAAGCAGACUUAGUCAUGACACUGAUACUGAAGUAGCAAUGGCUGCUGUCAUCUCCUUGGGGUUGAUUGGUGCCGGAACCAACAAUGCUAGAAUAGCUGGCAUGCUUCGCAACCUGUCAAGUUACUACUAUAAAGAAGCUAGCCUCCUUUUCUGUGUUCGAAUCGCUCAAGGUCUUGUACAUAUGGGGAAAGGCUUGAUGACUCUUGGACCAUACCAUUCGGAGCGCUUCUUGCUAUCCCCGACGGCGCUGGCUGGAAUUAUAACCUUGCUGCAUGCAUGUCUUGAUAUGAAAGCCAUCAUCUUAGCAAAAUACCAUUAUGUUCUUUACUUUGUUGUCUUGGCAAUGCAGCCAAGGAUGCUACUGACGGUAGAUGAGAACCUGAAACCUCUGUCAGUCCCUGUGCGUGUGGGCCAAGCUGUCGAUGUAGUGGGCCAGGCGGGUCGACCCAAGACCAUCACCGGUUUCCAGACCCACUCCACACCGGUUCUUCUGGCUGCCGGAGAUAGGGCAGAGCUUGCCACUGAGAAGUAUAUUCCACUCUCAUCUAUUCUUGAAGGCUUUGUCAUUCUAAAAGAGAAUCCGGACUACCGUGAAGACAACUAGUAGUUGAUAAAGGUUCAAGCGGAACUGCUUUGGCUAAAGGCAACAGGGUCCAGAUCUACAGAUGAGGAGGGCUUUCUGAGGUGUAAUCUUUGUCUGGGAUCAGCGGAUUUGGAUCAGGCUCAAGCCAGGCCUAUAUAAUUCAUGUUUUACUGACUUUCCCUAGAUGCUCAGGGUUUAGCAGGCUACCUGUUGUAUGUCGUUAAGAGGAAGAAAGAACAGAAGGGGACGGGGUUCGGUUGGCUUGCCUGGAUCAGUGCUAUAUGCAUACUAUGUACUGGAAUUUUAGAGCAUGAAAGCAAUCUGAGGUGGUUUGUAUGUUCCUUUUGAUAUUCAAUUUUUUAAAGUGUAGUCAACAUUUAAAUGCGAUGCGUCUUUGAUUAUAUGGUGUUGGAUUUGUCGUGCCA